AAGGCGGCGCAGGGACUGUUGGGAAGGGCGGCGGGAUGGAGGCGGUGGGAUCUGUUCAAGGCAGCCGAUCCGAGUAAAACGGAGAGGGAGCCAGAGCCGGAGCGGGAGCCGGACCCAAGCGGGAGGCGGGCCGGAGCAGGAGGUGCAGGCCCAGCAUCCCUCCCCCUUGCCUUCACAGGAUCAAGGCCAUGGCCACGAUGGUGCUUCCCCGAGAAGAGAAGCUGAGCCAGGAUGAGAUCGUGCUGGGCACCAAGGCCGUCAUCCAGGGGCUGGAGACCCUGCGCGGGGAGCAUCGUGCCCUUCUCGCUCCCUUGGUGGCUCCUGAAGCCGGCGAGGCUGAGCCCGGCUCACAGGAGCGCUCUGUCCUCCUGCGCCGCUCCCUGGAGGCCAUCGAGCUAGGGUUGGGGGAAGCCCAGGUGAUCCUGGCGCUUUCGAGCCACCUGGGGGCUGUAGAGUCGGAGAAGCAGAAGCUUCGGGCACAGGUGCGGCGCCUGGUGCAGGAGAACCAGUGGCUUCGAGAGGAGCUGGCAGGGACGCAGCAGAAGCUGCAGCGCAGCGAGCAGGCCGUGGCCCAGCUCGAGGAGGAGAAGCAGCACUUGCUGUUCAUGAGCCAGAUCCGAAAGCUGGAUGAGGACACCUCCCCCAACGAGGAGAAGGGGGACGUCCCCAAAGACUCUCUGGAUGACCUGUUCCCCAACGAGGAGGAGCAAAGCCCAGCCCCCAGCCCUGGAGGAGGGGAUGUGGCUGCCCAGCACGGGGGCUAUGAGAUCCCAGCACGGCUCCGCACCCUGCACAACCUGGUGAUCCAGUACGCCUCCCAGGGCCGCUAUGAGGUGGCCGUGCCACUCUGCAAGCAGGCACUCGAAGACCUGGAGAAGACGUCAGGUCAUGACCACCCCGACGUGGCCACCAUGCUGAACAUCCUGGCGCUGGUCUACCGGGACCAGAACAAGUACAAGGAGGCUGCUCACCUGCUCAAUGAUGCCCUGGCCAUUCGAGAGAAGACACUGGGCAAGGACCACCCAGCUGUGGCCGCAACAUUAAACAACCUGGCAGUUCUGUAUGGCAAGAGGGGCAAGUACAAGGAGGCUGAGCCUCUGUGCAAGCGGGCGCUGGAGAUCCGGGAGAAGGUCCUGGGCAAGUUUCAUCCAGAUGUGGCCAAGCAGCUGAGCAACCUGGCACUGUUGUGCCAGAACCAGGGCAAAGCUGAGGAGGUAGAAUACUACUACCGGCGGGCACUGGAGAUCUAUGCCACACGCCUUGGGCCUGAUGACCCCAACGUAGCCAAGACCAAGAACAACCUGGCCUCCUGCUACCUGAAGCAGGGCAAGUACCAGGACGCGGAGGUCCUGUACAAGGAAAUCCUCACCCGUGCUCACGAGAAGGAGUUUGGCUCCGUCAAUGGGGACAACAAGCCUAUCUGGAUGCACGCAGAGGAACGGGAGGACAGCAAGGAUAAGCGCCGGGAUAGCACCCCCUAUGGGGAAUAUGGCAGCUGGUACAAGACCUGUAAAGUAGACAGUCCCACCGUCAACACCACCCUGCGCAGCUUGGGGGCCCUGUACCGGCGCCAGGGCAAGCUGGAAGCCGCACACACACUGGAGGACUGUGCCAGCCGCAGCCGCAAGCAGGGCCUGGACCCUGCAAGCCAGACCAAGGUGGUGGAACUGCUGAAAGAUGGCAGUGGUGGGCGGGGAGACCGCCGUGGCAGCCGAGAUGUGGCCAGGGGUGCGGGGCCUCGGUCCGAGUCUGACCUCGAGGAGGCAGGGCCCACAGCCGAGUGGAGCGGAGACGGCAGUGGCUCCUUGCGGCGCAGCGGCUCCUUUGGGAAGCUCCGAGAUGCCCUGAGGCGCAGCAGUGAGAUGCUGGUGAAGAAGCUACAGGGUGGUGGCCCCCAGGAGCCCCCUAACCCCAGUUCCACCAUGGGCACACACGGGCCUUCCUUUCCCCUCAGGAUGAAGCGGGCCAGUUCUCUCAACUUCCUCAACAAGAGUGUGGAAGAGCCAGUCCAGCCUGGAGGCACAGGCCUCUCUGACAGCCGCACCCUCAGCUCCAGCUCCAUGGACCUGUCCCGACGAAGCUCCCUGGUGGACUAAUACUGAAGGGGCAGCGGGCUGCCAGAGCCUCUGGCCCGCACUGCCCCCGCCCCCAGCCCUGCGCAUGGGCCUGCUGCUUGCCCCACCUGUCUCUCCCCAGGACCCUUGCCUUUUCUGUUUAAUCUCAGGGUAACCUCCUCCCCUGUCGUCUCAGCCUGAGCCCUGGAGGCUGGGCCUGCACUCCGCAGCUCUACCCCUUAUUUAUUCCUUUCAUCAGGGCCCCUCUAUCCAGGUUCAGGGCCAGUGAGAGAGGCUGGCUGGGGUCUUCCCGGUGGAGAUUCAGUGGCCCACCAUCCCCUGACCCCAGAGCCAAGAACACUAAGCACCUGCCAUCCCGUCAGCACCCCUGUCCUCCCCCGGCCGUUGCUUCUGUAUAUAGAGAAAUAAGUUAUUGGCCGCGCCCCGUCCCUCAGUUCAAGGUACUGCUCGGGCCUCCCUUCACCCGUCCUUCUCUAGUGGUACCGCCUAGGCCUUAAUCACCCCCAUUCCGCGCGGUGGUAUCUCCCAGGCUCUACACACAUCUCGGGGGGCCUCUCCAAAGGGUUCCCUGGGACUUGUAGCACUCCUCCGGGACUCAGAGAGUGCAUCCUGCCCGGUCAUCUCCCCGUGCCCCAGAACAGAGAGCUCUCCACUGACCUUCACCGCCGGGCCCUGCCCCGCAUCGCAUCCCGGCCUUAUGCACUGCCCUUCCCGCCCGGCCCCGCCCAGGCACGGCCUGACCCCGCCCGGGGCACCGCCCAUUGAGCCAUCCAGCCACGCCUUCUCUCGCCCCUGCAGCUUCUCGAGGGACAGUGAUGUCCCCCUGUGGCCGGAGGGGCUGCCCCUGUUGAGGGUUGAGGCGGUCGCUCUCUAUUUUCAAAUGUUGCUGUAGAAAUAAAGAUGGUUUGAAUCUGA